ACUCAAUGAAAGAAGCCGGUCUGAAAAGGCUACAUACUGUAGAAUUGCAACUACAGGGCAUUCUGGAAAAGAUAAAACUAUGGACACAAUAAGAAAAGUGGCCGCCAGGGAUUGGGAGGAGGGACAGAAGGAUAGGUAGAGCUCAGAGGGAUUGGCAGGCAGUGAAACGGCUCAGUAGUAUACGUUGUUGAGGAUGCAUUUGUUCAGACCCACAGAGUAUAAGACAUCAAGAGUGAACUGUAAGGUAAAUGAUGGACUUUGGAUGAUAAUGACAUGACAGGAAAGGUUCAUCAGCUAUAACAAAUACACCAUGCUGGUAGGAGCCAUUGAUCAUGGGAGAGGCUGUGCAUGUGGGGGAGCAGAAGGUACAUGGGAAAUCUCCAUUCCUUCUCUCUGAACCUUGCUCUGAACCUAAAACUGCUCUUAAGGCCAAAAAAAAAAAAAAAAAAAAGUCUGAAAAAAAAAAGGAAAAACUUAAAAGCUUCACAUAAAAGUUUGGAGCCAUAUGUGAAUGAGUCAUUCUUAUUGUAGGGAGACUGUGGAAGAAAAGAAAAUGAUGAUUCCAAUAAAGUUGACCUUACUGACACUUUUGAAGCUUCAGCACCAGUCAGCAAAGUGAAUAAGUACUGUGUUUCUUCCAACUUUCAUUCCACUUUGGGAAAAAAGAAUACCAUCAUGUCAAGCAUUACGAUUGACCCAGAUGUCAAGCCUGGUGAAUAUGUCAUCAAGAGCCUCUUUGCAGAAUUUGCUGUUCAAGCUGAAAAGAAAAUUGAAGUUGUAAUGGCUGAGCCCUUGGAGAAGCCAUUGUCUAGAUCUCUUCAAAGAGGUGAAGAUCUUCAGUUUGACCAGUUGAUAAGCUCUAUGAGCUCCGUAGCAGAGCACUGUCUCCCUUCCUUACUUCGCACCUUGUUUGACUGGUACAGACGCCAGAAUGGGACUGAAGAUGAAUCUUACGAAUACAGGCCUCGGUCUAGCACAAAGUCUAAGGGGGAUGAACAGCAACGUGAAAGAGAUUAUCUUCUUGAAAGGAGAGACUUAGCCGUAGAUUUCAUUUUUUGUUUAGUUUUAGUCGAAGUUCUAAAGCAGAUUCCUGUUCAUCCUGUGCCUGAUCCCUUAGUUCAUGAAGUUCUAAACUUAGCUUUUAAGCACUUUAAACAUAAGGAAGGAUAUUCAGGAACCAACACUGGGAAUGUGCAUAUUAUUGCAGAUUUAUAUGCAGAGGUGAUAGGGGUUCUUGCCCAAUCAAAGUUUCAGGCUGUGAGGAAGAAGUUUGUGACAGAAUUGAAAGAACUGCGGCAGAAGGAACAAAGCCCCCAUGUGGUACAAAGCAUCAUCAGCUUAAUAAUGGGAAUGAAGUUUUUUCGAGUAAAAAUGUAUCCUGUAGAAGAUUUUGAAGCAUCAUUUCAGUUCAUGCAGGAAUGUGCUCAGUAUUUCUUAGAAGUAAAAGAUAAAGAUAUAAAACAUGCACUUGCUGGUUUAUUUGUGGAGAUUCUUAUCCCUGUAGCUGCUGCUGUUAAAAAUGAAGUGAAUGUUCCCUGUUUGAAAAAUUUUGUGGAGAUGCUUUAUCAGACUACUUUUGAACUGAGCUCCAGAAAGAAGCAUUCAUUGGCUCUUUAUCCACUAAUUACCUGCCUUUUAUGUGUCAGUCAGAAACAGUUUUUUUUAAAUAACUGGCAUAUUUUCCUACAGAACUGUUUGUCACAUUUAAAGAUGCCAUCUAACAACAGUAUCAGAAAACAAAUAGAAACCCUUCAGAAUAAAGAUCCUAAAAUGUCUCGAGUUGCACUGGAAUCUUUGUAUAGAUUAUUGUGGGUUUAUGUAAUUAGAAUAAAAUGUGAAAGCAACACUGUAACUCAGAGUCGUCUUAUGAGCAUAGUGUCAGCACUUUUUCCAAAAGGUUCACGUAGUGUGGUUCCUCGUGAUACACCUCUCAAUAUAUUUGUGAAGAUUAUUCAGUUCAUUGCUCAGGAACGUUUGGAUUUUGCAAUGAAAGAAAUCAUAUUUGAUCUUCUCAGUGUUGGAAAAUCUACUAAAACUUUCACCAUUAAUCCAGAGAGAAUGAACAUAGGCCUCAGAGUCUUCCUUGUCAUAGCAGACAGCUUGCAGCAGAAAGACGGGGAGCCGCCGAUGCCGACCACAGGGGUCAUUCUUCCCUCAGGAAACACUCUCCGUGUGAAGAAAAUUUUUCUCAACAAAACCUUGACGGAUGAGGAAGCAAAAGUCAUAGGAAUGUCAGUGUACUAUCCUCAAGUGAGGAAAGCCUUAGACAGCAUUCUCAGACAUCUGGACAAAGAAGUUGGGAGACCAAUGUGUAUGACUAGCGUGCAGAUGUCCAACAAGGAGCCCGAAGACAUGAUUACAGGGGAAAGAAAACCCAAAAUUGAUUUGUUUAGGACUUGUAUUGCUGCUAUUCCAAGGCUGAUUCCUGAUGGUAUGAGCAGAACUGACCUCAUUGAAUUGUUAGCAAGGCUCACAAUUCAUAUGGACGAAGAACUGCGUGCUCUGGCUUUCAAUACCCUGCAGGCACUAAUGCUUGAUUUUCCAGAUUGGCGGGAGGAUGUUCUGUCAGGAUUUGUUUAUUUUAUUGUUCGUGAAGUGACUGAUGUCCAUCCCACACUUCUUGAUAAUGCUGUAAAGAUGUUGGUACAAUUAAUAAACCAGUGGAAACAAGCAACCCAAAUGCAUAACAAAAACCAGGACUCCCAGCAUGGUGUGGCUAAUGGAGCUUCUCAUCCCCCUCCACUGGAAAGGAGCUCGUAUUCCAGCGUAUUCCAUGUGGUCGAAGGGUUUGCACUGGUCAUUCUCUGUAGCAGUCGACCCGCCACUAGGAGAUUAGCCGUCAGCGUCCUUAGAGAAAUACGGGCUUUGUUUGCACUUUUGGAAAUACCUAAGGGUGAUGAUGAAUUAGCCAUAGAUGUGAUGGACAGGCUGAGCCCAUCCAUUCUUGAGAGCUUCAUACAUCUCACUGGAGCCGAUCAGACUACUUUGCUGUAUUGCCCUAGCUCGAUUGAUUUACAGACAUUAGCAGAAUGGAACUCUUCUCCUAUCAGCCAUCAGUUUGAUGUGAUCAGCCCGUCACACAUAUGGGUAUUUGCACAUGUGACCCAAGGCCAGGACCCAUGGAUUAUAAGUCUCUCCAGUUUCUUAAAGCAAGAAAACCUUCCCAAACACUGCUGUACAGCUGUGAGCUAUGCGUGGAUGUUUGCGUACACAAGACUCCAAUUAUUGUCCCCACAGGUUGAUAUAAACAGCCCCGUCAAUGCUAAGAAAGUGAACAGCACCACAGGCAGUGACUCCUACAUCGGCCUGUGGAGAAACUACCUGCUCCUUUGCUGCAGUGCGGCGACCUCCGCCACCUCCUCAGCGUCCGCCGGGUCUGUGAGGUGCUCUCCUCCCGAGACGCUGGCGUCUACCCCCGACAGUGGCUACGGCAUCGAUUCCAAAAUUAUCGGCAUCCCAUCCCCUUCAUCCUUGUUUAAGCACAUAGUUCCAAUGAUGCGCUCUGAGAGCAUAGAAAUCACAGAAUCCCUUGUUCUAGGUCUUGGCAGGACCAACCCAGGAGCUUUUAGGGAACUAAUAGAGGAAUUGCAUCCCAUAAUUAAAGAAGCACUCGAAAGAAGGCCAGAGAAUAUGAAACGGCGCAGGCGUCGAGAUAUUUUACGAGUACAACUGGUACGAAUAUUCGAACUGCUGGCAGAUGCUGGUGUCAUUAGUCACAGUGCAAGUGGUGGGCUUGAUAAUGAAACCCAUUUCCUCAACAACACUUUAUUGGAAUAUGUAGAUUUAACUCGACAACUCCUCGAAGCAGAAAAUGAAAAGGACUCUGACACACUGAAGGAUAUACGAUGCCAUUUUAGUGCCUUAGUGGCGAAUAUCAUCCAGAAUGUUCCAGUGCACCAGAGAAGAAGUAUCUUUCCUCAGCAGAGCCUCCGUCACAGUCUGUUUAUGCUGUUCAGUCACUGGGCAGGUCCUUUCAGCAUCAUGUUUACACCCCUGGACAGAUACAGUGACAGAAAUAUGCAAAUUAACAGGCAUCAGUACUGUGCCCUGAAGGCUAUGUCUGCUGUACUGUGUUGUGGCCCUGUUGCAGAUAAUGUAGGACUUUCAUCAGAUGGCUAUUUGUACAAAUGGUUGGAUAACAUUUUGGACUCUCUGGACAAAAAGGUUCAUCAGUUGGGCUGUGAAGCAGUUACGUUACUGCUGGAGCUGAACCCGGACCAGAGCAACCUGAUGUACUGGGCUGUGGAUCGGUGUUACACGGGUUCCAAGAGAGUGGCGGCUGGCUGCUUUAAAGCCAUAGCGAAUGUGUUCCAGAACAGGGAUUAUCAGUGUGACACAGUGAUGCUCCUAAAUCUGAUACUGUUUAAAGCAGCUGAUUCUUCUCGAAGCAUCUAUGAGGUUGCUAUGCAACUUUUACAGAUCCUGGAACCGAAGAUGUUUCGCUAUGCUCACAAAUUGGAAGUUCAGAGAACAGAUGGAGUCCUCAGCCAGCUGUCUCCUCUGCCACACCUCUAUUCUGUUUCAUAUUACCAGUUGUCCGAGGAGUUAGCAAGGGCGUAUCCUGAGCUAACUCUCGCCAUAUUCUCAGAGAUAAGCCAGAGAAUUCAGACCGCUCACCCUGCGGGGAGGCAGGUCAUGCUGCACUACCUGUUGCCGUGGAUGAACAACAUCGAGCUGGUAGAUUUAAAACCCUUGCCCACAGCCAGGCGGCACGAUGAGGAGGAAGACGACUCCCUGAAAGACCGAGAGCUGAUGGUGACCAGCAGGCGCUGGUUGCGAGGAGAAGGCUGGGGGUCCCCACAAGCCACCGCGAUGGUUCUGAACAACCUAAUGUACAUGACAGCGAAGUACGGUGAUGAGCUGGCCUGGUCAGAGGUGGAGAACGUGUGGACCACACUUGCAGACGGCUGGCCGAAAAACCUGAAAAUAAUUUUGCACUUUCUCAUCAGCAUUUGUGGAGUGAAUAGUGAACCAAGCCUCUUGCCUUACGUGAAGAAAGUUAUUGUCUAUUUAGGCAGAGACAAAACAAUGCAGCUGCUGGAGGAGCUGGUGCAUGAGCUGCAGCUGACGGACCCGGUCAGCUCGGGGGUCACCCACAUGGAUAACCCCCCGUAUUACCGCAUCACUUCCAGCUAUAAAAUCCCUUCGGUCACCUCAGGAACUACUUCCAGUAGCAAUACAAUGGUAGCUCCCAUAGACAGCAAUCCUGAUAAUAAGCCCAUAAAAGAGAAUAUUGAAGAGAGCUAUGUGCACCUCGACAUCUACAGUGGGCUAAACAGUCACUUAAAUCGUCAGCAUCACAGACUAGAAUCUCGAUACAGUAGCAGCUCUGGAGGAUCUUAUGAAGAAGAAAAAAGUAGUGAUUCAAUGCCACUUUAUUCUAAUUGGCGCCUGAAAGUGAUGGAGCAUAAUCAAGGAGAGCCACUACCCUUCCCACCAGCUGGAGGCUGCUGGUCGCCACUGGUGGAUUACUUGCCUGAAACGUCAUCACCUGGAUUACCUCUUCACAGGUGUAACAUAGCUGUGAUCCUUUUGACUGACCUGAUCAUCGAUCACAGUGUGAAGGUGGAAUGGGGAAGCUACCUCCAUCUUCUUCUUCAUGCAAUUUUUAUAGGGUCUGACCACUGCCACCCCGAGGUGUAUGAGCACUGUAAGCGCCUGCUCCUGCACCUGCUGAUCGUCACGGGGCCCAGCAGUAACAUCCGCGCCGUCGCCGCCGUCCUGCUCAGGAACAGGGAGUUUAACGAGCCCAGGGCGCUCACAGUCAAGCAGGCCUCGCACUUAGACUACACUUGCACAGCGGGCGUUAGUGAUUUUAUACCUGAUUACCAGCCCUCCCCUAUGACUGACUCAGGGCUUAGCUCAAGUUCUACCUCUUCUAGUAUCAGCUUAGGAAAUAACAGCGCUGCCAUCUCCCAUCUGCACACCACUCUCCUCAAUGAGGUCGACAUCUCCGUAGAGCAGGAUGGAAAAGUCAAAACCCUCAUGGAAUUCAUUACCUCAAGAAAAAGAGGGCCCCUUUGGAACCAUGAGGAUGUUUCUGCCAAGAAUCCUAACAUCAAGAGUGCCGAGCAGUUAACUACAUUUUUGAAACAUGUGGUUUCUGUUUUUAAGCAGUCAAGCUCAGAAGGCGUGCAUUUGGAACAUCAUCUUAGUGAAGUUGCUCUACAAACAGCACUUUCUUGUUCUUCACGACACUAUGCUGGGAGAUCCUUCCAGAUUUUCAGGGCCCUAAAGCAGCCUCUUUCUGCAACUACGCUUUCUGAUGUUCUCUCCAGACUUGUAGAAACCGUAGGGGAUCCGGGGGAAGAUGCACAGGGGUUUGUGAUUGAACUCCUGCUCACAUUGGAGUCUGCGAUCGACACUUUGGCCGAAACCAUGAAGCAUUAUGAUCUUCUUUCUGCCCUUUCUCAAACCUCAUACCAUGAUCCUAUAAUGGGAAACAAGUAUGCAGCUAACAGGAAAAGCACUGGACAACUCAAUCUAAGCACAAGUCCCAUUAAUAGUAGCAGUUAUUUGGGAUAUAACAGUAAUGCAAGAAGUAACUCUUUGAGAUUAAGUUUAAUUGGUGACCGAAGAGGUGACCGGCGGCGGAGUAACACACUGGAUAUAAUGGAUGGACGGAUAAACCAUAGCAAUAGUUUAGCAAGGACUAGAAGCCUCUCCUCUCUGAGAGAGAAAGGGGCAUAUGAUGUGCAGCCCACUACUGAGCCUGCCAACCUGAUGGCCACCAUUUUUUGGAUAGCAGCAUCGUUAUUAGAAUCUGAUUAUGAAUAUGAAUACCUCCUGGCUCUCAGGCUUCUCAACAAACUGCUUAUCCAUUUGCCUUUGGAUAAAUCAGAGAGUCGAGAGAAGAUUGAAAGUGUACAGAGCAAGUUGAAAUGGAACAACUUUCCGGGCCUUCAGCAGCUCUUCCUCAAGGGUUUUACCUCAGUAUCUACCCAGGAGAUGACGGUGCAUCUCCUCAGUAAACUCAUCGCCGUCUCCAAACACACGCUGGUGGAUCCUUCCCAGUUGUCAGGCUUUCCUCUUAACAUCCUUUGCUUAUUGCCUCACUUAAUCCAGCAUUUUGACAGCCCAACUCAGUUUUGCAAAGACACAGCUAGUCGAAUAGCAAAGGUGUGUGCGGAAGAGAAGUGCCCGGCGCUGGUCAAUCUGGCUCACAUGAUGAGUUUGUACAGUACACACACGUACUCCAGAGACUGUUCUAACUGGAUCAACGUCGUAUGUCGGUAUCUGCAUGACUCCUUCUCAGAUACCACAUUUAAUCUUGUGACUUAUCUUGCAGAGCUGUUAGAGAAAGGGUUGUCCAGCAUGCAACAGUCAUUACUACAGAUUAUCUAUAGUCUUUUGAGUCACAUUGACCUCUCUGCUGCCCCAGUCAAGCAGUUUAAUCUGGAGAUCAUAAAGAUUAUUGGCAAAUAUGUACAGAGUCCUUACUGGAAGGAAGCCCUUAACAUACUAAAACUGGUGGUGUCUCGCUCCGCAAGUCUUGUUGUGCCCAGCGAUAUCCCCAAGACCUACGGAGCAGAUACAGGUUCUCCUGAAAUCUCCUUCACCAAGAUUUUUAAUAAUGUCUCCAAGGAGUUGCCUGGGAAGACCUUAGAUUUUCAUUUUGAUAUAUCGGAGACACCAAUUAUUGGAAAUAAGUAUGGCGAUCAGCCUAGCGCAGCUGGAAGAAAUGGGAAACCCAAAGUUAUUGCAGUUACUAGGAGUACUUCUUCCACCUCUUCUGGGUCUAAUUCUAAUGCCUUGGUUCCUGUUAGCUGGAAAAGACCACAGUUAUCACAGCGAAGAACAAGAGAAAAGCUAAUGAAUGUGCUUUCUCUCUGUGGUCCAGAAUCUGGCCUUCCAAAGAAUCCAUCAGUUGUAUUCUCUUCUAAUGAGGAUUUGGAAGUUGGUGACCAACAGACCAGCCUGAUUUCUGCAACAGAAGACAUGAUUCAAGAGGAAGAAGUCGCUGUGGAAGACAACAGCAGUGAACAACAAUUUGGCGUUUUUAAGGAUUUUGACUUUUUAGAUGUUGAAUUGGAAGAUGCAGAGGGUGAAAGUAUGGACAAUUUCAACUGGGGCGUCCGCAGGCGCUCCCUGGACAGUAUUGACAAAGGGGACACCCCCUCCCUCCAGGAGUACCAGUGCUCCAGCAGCACCCCCAGCCUGAACCUGACCAACCAGGAGGAUACGGACGAGUCCUCGGAAGAAGAGGCGGCGCUCACGGCCAGCCAGAUCCUGUCACGCACGCAGAUGUUAAACAAUGAUUCUGCUGCCGACGAAACACUACCAGACCAUCCUGAUCUCCUUCUUCAGUCUCAAGAUUCCACCGGCAGCGUCUCAACAGACGAAGUCCUUCAAAUCAGAGAUGAGACCCCCAGUUUGGAGGCUUCUCUCGAUAAUGCUAACAGCCAGCUGCCUGAGGAUACAGGCUCAGCAUUAAAGGAGGACCAGGUUAUGACCGCCUUUGAAGAUGAAGGGUCCUAUAUAAUUCAAGAACAUCAGGAUUCACUGGUGUGUCAAGGGAUUCUUGACUUGGAGGACAGCGACAUGCCAGAGCCCCUGGCUCCUGAAAGCUCUCCUGAGUCCAUCUGCGAAGAAGAUGUCACCUUAGCUCUGAAAGAACUAGACGAACGAUGCGAAGAAGAAGAGGCGGAUUUCUCGGGACUGUCUAGUCAGGAUGAAGAAGAGCAAGACAGCUUUCCAGAAGCCCAGACAUCCCCUCUACCGUCACCGUUUCUUUCCGCCAUAAUAGCUGCCUUUCAGCCAGUCGCCUAUGAGGACGAAGAGGAAGCCUGGCGUUGCCAUGUCAAUCAGAUGCUGUCUGACACCGACGGGUCCUGUGCAGUGUUUACUUUCCAUGUGUUUUCAAGGCUGUUUCAGACAAUUCAAAGAAAGUUUGGAGACAUAACUAACAAAGCAAUCAGCUUUCUUGGUCAGAGUCUGCAACGCAUUGGUACCAAAUUUAAAAGUUCACUGGAAGUGAUGAUGAUGUGUUCAGAAUGCCCAACAGUCUUUGUGGAUGCUGAAACGCUGACAUCAUGCGGUUUGCUGGAAACACUCAAGUUCAGUGUCUUGGAGCUGCAGGAGCAUCUGGACACGUACAAUGCCAAAAGAGAGGCAGCUGAGCAGUGGUUAGACAACUGUAAGAGGACAUUUGGUGCCAAGGACGACGUGUAUAGGAUAAACACAGAUGCACAGCAAAUGGAAAUUCUAGCAGGACUGGAGCUCUGUCGAAGGCUCUACAAACUGCAUUUUCAGUUGCUGCUUCUGUUCCAAGCCUACUGUAAACUGAUCAACCAAGUAAACACAAUAAAAAAUGAGGCAGAGGUCAUCAACAUGUCCGAGGAACUUGCCCAACUGGAAAAUAUCCUCAAAGAGGCAGAGUCUGUGUCAGAAAGUGAAGAAAUUGACAUUUCCAAAGCUGCACAAACUACCAUAGAGACUGCCAUUCAUUCUUUAAUUGAAACUUUGAAAAAUAAGGAGUUUAUUUCAGCUGUGGCACAAGUAAAAGCCUUCAGAUCUCUGUGGCCGAACGACAUCUUUGGCAGCUGUGAGGACGACCCGGUGCAGACGCUGCUGCACAUCUACUUCCACCACCAGACGCUGGGCCAGACGGGGAGCUUCGCGGUCAUAGGCUCUGACCUGGACCUGUCGGAAGCCAGCCACAAACUGAUGGAGCUGAAUCUAGAGAUCCGAGAGUCUCUGCGCACGGUGCAGCCAUACCAGCUGCUAGCACAGGCCAGCGCGAUUGGAAAUCUGGUGAGCACUGGAUUCUGAGAAGCUUCAGCCAUUUAGGGAAGACCCGAAGCUGAAGAUGAUGACGAAUAUUAGCGAGCACCUUUUACGAACCCUUGCAGCUCCCGGACAACUCUUCCACGACCACGGGCACAACUAACGUCAAACCUGUAUCAGAAUCAAAGAUCUGAAGAAGAAGAAAAAGAUCUUAAAUGGCUGCCAACACCUCCCUCACUAAUCGUACGAAGAAGGAAUUUUUUAAUUAACCUAUGUGAAAAGAAAAGGGCUAAAAGUGAUGCAUACAAAUACAGGACUCUCGGGAGAAAGAGGAGAAUUCUAGGCCUACUACGGAGACGUGGGAAAGCAGGUGACAUGAGGCUAAAAGCCAGGCUCGUUCGUUUUAGCUGAAGGCCUGCAGGGCUGGUGCAUUGCCGGCGGCCGGGGCGCGCUCCACAGCUGAUCCUUCAUCGUCUACAUGAAGAACCUUCAGUCGGACAGAUAGACAUGGAGAGACUUCUUUGCAAAAACCAUUGAUUUUUUUCAACACAUGGGACGAGGGUGUGGGUGUCUUGUUUUUUAGUCUGUACCAGGGAGUGUGUGUGUGUGUGUGAGCGCGUGUGAGCUGGGGCGUGUGACUCUGUGACAGCCCUAUUUUCAAGGUGUGGGUGUUUGGUGAUAACGUGUCCGCAUGCCUAAAAGAGCACUGCAAGAUUAUUUUUGAAGAAAUUUUUAUUUUAUUAGAUCUAACUCUUCAUAGUGUGUAAAUGUUAGAACAUUUUAAUAAUAUUUUAAAGCUGGGCUUUCCCGGUAUUUUGAAAAGAAAUAAUAUAUCUGUUAAUGUUAUUGGAACGCUGCUCAGUUCUCUGAUCAGUGCUUACGUUAUGAUUGUUGAUAACUAACCAAAGUAGAUGCCUGCAGAGACUUUAAAAAUGUAAAAUAAAGAUGUAUGCUGCCCGUCAGCUAUUCUCAUUAGAAAAGUUAACUUAUUUUACUCCAUAAUUAUUAUAGAAACUGUAUAGAUUAAAGCCAGUAUUGUACGUUUGUGCAAUGCACGGUUGUACAAGAACAGGUGUACAAAGCUAAAGAAAAGAUCGUGGUCACUGAUGGUAGAGUACAGGACUUGCGGGCUCCGGAGUCUGCAGCAUUCAAGGAGAGAGAUGCAAACCCAGUUGUGUGUUUAUUCAGGACUCACGGGUUUCACCCAGAAGGAACCUGGGGCUCUGGGGGGAAAUGGAAGGAAGCCUGAAGACCGACUACCAAAACAUGCAAUACACUUACCCACUGUCUAAGUCUGUAGCAUAACGCGAACUGGAUUCUGUGUCCUUUUUUAAAUAGCAUUUUGUAAAAGAAAUGAAUGUAGUCCCACAAUGCCUCUGAUUUGAAAGGAACACCUUGUAUUUUUUAUAGGCAUCUCUUAUCCACUGUGACUUUCUUUUAAACUGGGCUCUGUGAUUGCAGAGUUUAGAAUGUAGAAAUGAAAUGCUUAGCUUUGCCUUUUCUUGGGGGUGUGGACCCUGCCAGAAAUGUAAUUAUGCUCAAGUGCAUUAAUUGAAGGCACUGUGCAUGCCGUUGGACUGCUGACUGUAGUUAUGUUACCUGUAAAAUUCCGUAACUGGUCACGGCACAUUCAUAAUCACUGUAUUUUUUGACCCUGAUAAAAAAAAUUAUUUUGAUGGUGUUCUGGUACUGUAAAUGGCGUCCUUUAAAUUAUUUAAUAACUUUUGGGUGUGGGGCAGGAAGAGAGGGGUGGUGUCCAGACACGCCCCCACACUUUACAUCCUAUCUUACCAUCCCCCAUUUUCUCACCCUCCUUAUAUCCUUUUUGUUAAAAUAAAAAGCAUUGUAGCUA